AUGCAUGCUAAUUACUCAUUUGAAGGCUGUUUCCAUCUUUUUCAGCCGUCCCUGGUUAAUACUUAUCUCAGCCGUCCGGAGCUUUGUCCGACCAAAGAAAACGUCACUUCGCUUGACAACGCUACACUUCAAUUCGGUCCCUCGACCUCAGGCUUAGUCCUACCAUCUUCCAUCUCUGUAUCCUGUUACCAGUCCUGUUCAUCUACUGUUUCUUACUGCAUAACUAAGCCUGCCUCAGAUUCCAAUAAUAAUGCAGCUUUCUCUGUGGCCUACACUGGAGCCUGUCCGAGGCACUUAGUGGACGCCUCUCUGCUAGAUUCAGGCAUUGACCCGUCGGUGCCAAGAAGCUCAGACCGGAAGGCUCCAGAGAAAAGCAAAGAACAAGAAGACCAGAUUUCCAGUCCACUCAGCUCUUGGUCCCGGAAGCAGAAGCAGCAUAAUCACGAUCGUGGUCGCCACCGUCUGCAACAUGUGUCUACAACGCCGGAGCAUCCAUCCAUUAUGGCCCGAUAUCAUGGUACACCACUUCCGCCUGGCAUGCCUUCGACUGUUGAGAGGUUUGAUGAAGCGUCAGGUUCAACAACAACCGAUUUUCAGCCUGAAGUCCUGACAAGACAGGAGAUACUUUUGUCGAGCAGGAGUCAGUCUGGCUUGGUCGAUUUUGCAGGUGCUUACAGACAAACUGACAGUUCAGAUCUUCCAAUAGCGCAUGAGGCCGGAUUUCCGCCGGAAGCAUCGUUGCAAUCGCGGCAUCCUCAACUGGGCGUAGUCUCUUCGCUUCCAACGGUAGUCGCACAGUCCAAGUCAACUCCUCGAUCUCCUUCGCAGAGGCCACCGCCUUUGCCACCGCGGCUUCGGACAGCCAGAUGCCUGGAGGCGGGAUAUUUUGUACCUUACCGGCUGGUAGAUGAGACGAUGGGGAGAACUGAGCAAGCGACGCGGAUUCCUGAUCCUUUGGCUUCCUGGUUGGCCAACAGAGACGGUCUUCAGUCGAGCAGAGAUAGCAGAGCCACAGAUUCCGGACUCAGUGCUAUAGUUACCAGAGCGCUUGUAAUACUUCUCAUCGGGGAGGAACUUGACUUUCCACUUCUCCAUGGUCUCAUCAGCAUCCCCAACGGAAAUCUAACCCGGGCUGUUCAAAGUAUAGUCUCGAGUUCGAGUCCACCUGGGGGUGCUGAUGAAGCCAAGGCAAAGUCGAAACCGCCGUUCAGUUCAGCCUGGAAGAGAAUACAUUUUGAGAAGUCAGGCUACGCAAAGUUCAAUUGA